AUGAGCAAAGUGGACGCGUCAUGCAAGCCGACUGCCGCGUCUCUCAAAUUCACCAUAGACAAUAUUCUGAACCUGCAGACAUACUCGAGCGGUAACAACGAGCCGGAUAACGACUGUAGCCCAACCGGAGGACCCAAGGCCGUCGCUAUCACCCGGGAAGACUCGUUACAGAUCACCGACAAAUGCUUCGAAAGCGGGGACAGCGGCGACGACUGCUCCUCGACGCAUCACACCGGAGACGGUGAUAGCAGCGGCAAGAAAAAACAACUGUUAAUAACCAAGAAAAAAACUCGCACAAUCUUCUCCAAGAGACAGAUCUUUCAGUUGGAAUCUACUUUCGAUAUGAAGCGGUACCUUAGCAGCGCCGAGCGCGCCUGCCUCGCCAGUUCUCUCCAGUUAACGGAAACGCAGGUCAAAAUCUGGUUCCAGAACCGAAGGAAUAAAUUGAAAAGACAGAUUUCAACAGCACUAGAUGGUCCCAACGGUGAUUUCUCCGACGCGGGUCCGGGGAAGGCUCUGCAGCUCCCGGCCUUGUACAAAGACAAUAACCUGCUGGGGAGAUGCUUGAUGCCGAUGCCCCUGCCCAUCGUAUACCCUGGCAAAGCCUCGUCAUUCACAGUCUUGGUUAAAACGCCUUGCGCCGCAGUCUCCACGCAGGGAAACGGCGAUCAGAUGGAGCUGCUCGAGCCCUGGCCGAGGGCGCACUAUAGGUCCGCGCGGGUUAUCCGCCCCUGUCCGCUAUAUCUGCUCGACGCCCAAGGGCCUCCCAUGGGAACGCGCCUGCGCACUUUCACCAUCAAUUAA